AGCCUGCAACCGGCCACGAUGCUGCGGAGGACGCUGCCGGCGUUGCGCUCGGUGAAGGACAGCGUGACGGACGCGGCCCGGCAGGCGGCCAAGGGCGACGCGCACUUCCCGUCGCUGCGCGGCCACCCGGCCGCGCGCGUGAACGCCCGCGAGUCCGCCGAGGGGCAGGCCCGGCUGGCCGCGGCGGAGGAGGAGCGGCGGCGCGGCGGCCGGCCUGAGGCGACCACGGUGAAGGAGUUCCAGGUGUACCGGUGGAACCCCGACUCGCCGGGGCGGCCGUUCCUGCAGUCCUACUUCGUGGACCUGGCCGCCUGCGGGCCCAUGGUGCUGGACGUGCUGCAGAAGAUCAAGUCAGAGCACGAUUCCACGCUGGCGUUCCGGCGGUCGUGCCGGGAGGGCAUCUGCGGGUCGUGCUCGAUGAGCAUCGACGGCGUUAACACUGUGGCGUGCCUCAAGCCCGUGGACGCGGACACGUCGCGGCCGAGCAUGAUCACGCCGCUGCCGCACAUGUUCGUGGUCAAGGACCUCGUCGUGGACCUCACCAACUUCUACCAGCAGUACAAGUCCGUCGAGCCGUGGCUCAAGACCAAGAAGCCGCCGGGCGGCGGGCGGCGUGAGCACCCGCAGUCGCCGGCGCAGCGGAAGAAGCUGGACGGGCUGUACGAGUGCAUCCUGUGCGCGUGCUGCAGCACGGCCUGCCCGUCCUACUGGUGGAACUCGGAGGCGUUCCUCGGCCCCGCCGCGCUGCUGCACGCCUACCGCUGGGUCUCCGACAGCCGCGACGACUACGGCCAGGAGCGGGUGCAGGCGCUGUCGGAGGGCUGGGACAAGCUGUACAGGUGCAGGAUGAUCAAGAGCUGCACCGCGACGUGCCCCAAGAGCCUCGACCCCGCCGCCGCCAUCUCCGCCCUGAAGGCCCAGCACCAGCUCCGCAAGGCCUGACGAGAGGCACGAAAGGAUGCCGGCCUUCGUGUCUACGCCGGUGCUACUGGAACGUAGUACGACGUGCCGUGCGUGUUUUGAUCUGGGAAUAAGGAUGCUUUCUUUGUGGAUUUCGUUGCUACUA